AUGGCCGGAAAUCGAAGUCUCUGCACCACGGUUCAUGCCUCCAAAUCUGAAGUUGAUCAUCAGUUUUCCAGCUUUCAGGGAAAUGAAGAAUCAUUGUUGAUGAGGAGUGUUCUAGGAAGUAUGGAAAGAGUUUAUCUGCAGAGAAAUCCAACUGCGAAAGCUAUAUUAGAGCUGGUUAAGUCGGUUGAUGACGGUGAUAAAAUCUGCUAUGAUCAUCUUGCUUUCAGGACCUUUGGGGUUAAGGGUCAUGGGAUUGAGUCUCUGGCAAAUUUCUUCCUGGAUUAUGGAUAUAAACAACAGGAGGAGCUGAGAUUUCCGGCAAAAAAAUUGAAAGCUCUGUGGUUUUCGCCUCCGAGUGGAGUCCCAGAUGCUGGCAGUGGAAGUGGUGUUAAUGGCCCUUUGCCGAGAAUUUUUAUAUCAGAGCUUCUUGUCGAUCAAUUAAGUCCACAAGCUCAAGAAAUAAUUGAAAAAUACAUUGAAACAUCAGGCAAUGGAUAUAAACAUGCAACUCUUGCAAGUGCUCUGGGAUCGUUAACGUGGAAGAAGCCCUUCUUUUCUGACUUCCAGCAAUUGGCAAGGGAGAGUGAAUAUGCUGCCUGGACACUUGUGAAUGGUUAUGCACUCAACCAUGUCACUAUUUCCACUCAUCGCCUGAAAACUCACUUGAGAAGGAUCAAAACCCUCAAUCAGUUCCUCCAGGAGAAUGGAUUCAAAUUGAAUUCUGAAGGGGGUGUUCUCAAAGUGAGCCCUGAUGGUCUCCUGCUGCAAAGCUCAACUGUAGCAGACUCAAUCUCUUUCAAGUUUUCUGAUGGCAUCACUGAAUCAGUUCCCUGUUCAUACAUUGAGUUUGCUGAACGCCUUGUGUUGCCACAAUAUAAAAAUAUACCUGAGGAGGAGCUCAAGGAGUUUCACAGGCGAGAUGGAUUCGAGGUUGGAAAUGCUGAUAAGAUCUUUGAGAGCACAUCUAAAGAGCAAUUGACAAGGCGAACUGCAUGA